ACCCAAAACAUCAAAUAAAUAAAAAGGAAAAAAACGGAGUAAAUGGGAAGCGACGACUACUGAGAGACUCAUCUCCUCCUCCACCACCGCUUCUUCUUUAGGUUUCUCAGCUCUGAAACCCCCAUCGGAUACUAAUUGCAAUUUGAUUACUUUUGGGGAGGUUAUCGAUCACCCUCUUAUCUCUGUUGAUCUUUCUACUUAAUCCAAGAGAUUCCGUGUGUUUCUUUCAUGAUGUCUUCCAGCUCAAAUCCACUAGUUUCUGGGCGUAUGAAGCUCUAAGGUGCAUGUUGGAGUAAUUGAAAGGACUCGGUCAGACAUAAGACUAGAUUAGGGAAAGGAUGCUUGAGGGACCUAAGUUCGAUAUGCACGCUCUUGGCAACCACCACAACAACAACUACGAUGCCUUUACACAAGACUUUUAUCAAAAGCUAGGUGAAGAAGGUACAAACAUGUCCACGGACAGUAUGCAGACGAGUAACGCUGGAGGGUCUGUGUCAAUGUCUGUGGACAACAGCAGCGUUGGUUCUAGCGAUGCUCUCAUUGGCCAUCCCGGUUUGAGGCCAAUGCGUCAUCCUUACUCUCUCUCCGUUGGACAAAGCGUGUUUCGCCCAGGGAGAGUCACGCAUGCGCUUAACGAUGAUGCCUUGGCACAAGGGUUGAUGGAUAGUAGGUAUCCGAGUCAGGGACUGGCUAACUACGAAGAGUGGACGAUUGAUCUGAGGAAACUUCACAUGGGUCCUGCCUUUGCGCAAGGGGCGUUUGGUAAGUUAUACAGAGGGACUUACAACGGAGAGGAUGUGGCGAUUAAGCUGCUGGAGAGGCCGGAGAACAGCCCUGAGAAGGCGCAAGCCCUGGAACAGCAGUUUCAGCAGGAGGUUUCUAUGCUUGCGUUUUUGAAGCACCCCAACAUCGUUAGGUUCAUUGGCGCGUGUAUUAAACCGAUGGUGUGGUGCAUCGUGACUGAGUAUGCGAAAGGAGGCUCUGUCAGACAGUUUCUGACGAAGAGACAGAACAGGGCUGUGCCUUUGAAGCUAGCUGUUAAGCAGGCGUUGGAUGUUGCUAGAGGUAUGGCUUACGUCCAUGAGCGCAACUUUAUACACCGGGAUUUGAAGUCGGAUAACCUCCUCAUAUCGGCUGACCGGUCCAUCAAGAUUGCUGAUUUUGGCGUUGCGAGAAUUGAAGUUCAGACUGAAGGGAUGACACCAGAGACCGGGACUUACAGAUGGAUGGCUCCAGAGAUGAUCCAGCAUAGACCCUACACUCAAAAAGUUGACGUCUAUAGUUUUGGAAUCGUGCUGUGGGAGCUGAUAACGGGUCUGUUACCGUUCCAGAACAUGACUGCGGUUCAAGCUGCGUUUGCUGUGGUGAACCGAGGAGUACGUCCAACAGUCCCAGCUGAUUGCCUCCCUGUGCUUGGGGAGAUCAUGACACGUUGCUGGGAUGCGAACCCUGAAGUCCGUCCUUGUUUUGCAGAGAUUGUCAAUCUGCUUGAGGCUGCUGAAACCGAGGUAAUGACGACAGUGAGAAAAGCCCGUUUCAGAUGUUGCAUGACGCAGCCAAUGACGAUCGACUAAUCUGUUGUCUGAAGAAGAAGAAGGGAAAUAAUAAAAAAGAUAACAUAAAAAGAAGAAAACAGAGAGGAAGCAAAAAGAGCUUUAGAUAUAAUGUAAGUUUGUGUGUGUGUGUACCAAUAUGUAAUAUCCUAUUUGUAUCUCUUUUCCCAUGAUAGGAGAAGUAACCCAACCAUUUUAGACCACUGAAUGUUCUAAGAUUUUAUGUACUGCGACUGUCUGAAGUGUUUGGUUUAGUUUUCCUUGGAUUCAUGGUCCUUUACUGUGACAGAGGAGCACUUGAUGUGUAAUGAAUCCGAUGAUAAUGCAUUCCUUUUCUUUUUUUU